AUGGCCACCCCGGACUUGUCGGCUAACCUUCAGGAGGAGGCCACCUGCGCCAUCUGCCUCGACUACUUCACGGACCCGGUGAUGACCGACUGCGGCCACAACUUCUGCCGCGAGUGCAUCAGCCGCUGCUGGGGCCAACCCGAGGGCCCUUAUGCAUGCCCUGAGUGCCGGGAGCUGUCCCCGCAGAGGAACCUAAGGCCCAACCGCCCGCUCGCCAAGAUGGCCGAGAUGGCGAGGCGCCUGCACCCGCCGUCGCCCGUCCCGCAGGGCGUGUGCGCCGCACACCGGGAGCCGCUGGCCGCUUUCUGCGGGGACGAGCUGCGCCUGCUCUGCGCUUCGUGCGAGCGUUCCCGGGAGCACUGGACGCACCGAGUGCGGCCCCUGCAAGAGGCAGCCGACGACCUCAAGGGGAAACUGGAGAAGUCUCUGGAACACUUACGGAAGCAAAUGGAAGAUGCACUGCUGUUCCAGGCGCAGGCAGAGGAGACCUGUGCCUUGUGGCAGAAGAUGGUCGAAAGCCAAAGGCAGAAUGUACUGACAGAGUUUGAGCGGCUUCGCCGCCUCCUGGUGGAAGAGGAGCAGCAGCUACUGCAGAAGCUGGAGGAAGAGGAGCUGGAGGUGCUACCCCGGCUGCGGGAGAACGCGGCCAGGUUGGUGCAGCAGAGCGCCGCACUUGGGGGGCUCAUUGCUGAGCUGGAGGGGCGCUGCCAACUCCCCGCGCUGGGGCUGCUGCAGGACAUCAGGGAUGCCCUGCGCAGGAUUCAAGAUGUGAAGCUGCAGCCGCCAGAGGUGGUGCCCAUGGAGCUGAGAACCGUGUGCAGAGUCCCUGGACUGGUGGAGACCUUGCGGAGAUUCCGAGGGGAUAUGACUCUGGAUCCAGACACUGCAAACCCUGAACUAGUGCUGUCUGAGGACCGAAAGAGUGUGCGUCGGGGCAGCGUACGACAGGCACUCCCCGACAGCCCUGAGAGGUUCGACCCCGGCCCCUGUGUGCUGGGACACUCAAGGUUCACCGCAGGACGCCACUACUGGGAGGUGGAGGUUGGAGAGCGGGCCAACUGGGCCCUGGGCGUGUGCAGAGAGAACGUCAACAGGAAGGAGACAGGUGAACUGUCAGCUGGCAAUGGCUUCUGGAUCCUGGUCUUUCUAGGGAGCUAUUACAACUCACCUGAGCGGGCAUUUGUCCCCCUCCGGGACCCUCCUCGGCGUGUGGGGAUUUUUCUAGACUAUGAAGAUGGACACCUCUCUUUCUACAGUGCAACUGAUGGAUCACUCUUAUUUAUCUUCCCUGAGACCUCCUUUUCUGGGACGCUCCGGCCUCUCUUUUCACCACUGUCAAGCAGCCCAACCCCUUUGACCAUCUGCCGGGUUAAAGGGGGGCCCGGAGAUGCAACAGUACCUUAG